AUGAAAUGCAUUGAUUUGUAUUCGGACACGUGCCUUUCUUCCUCUGUAAGGAAAAUAAUUAAUGAAAAUGUUGCUGGUGCCAGGCACACUUUUGCUUUUUUAUGUGACGAUCCGCUUUUCCAAUCAGAAUAUCUUCAAUACGCUUCGUGUUAUAGAGCCGUUACAAAAGAUUGGGAUUUUUGUGCCAAAAGAUUUCUUAAACAAGUACCGCCACAAAAUUCAACAUCGAAACAAGCAAAUAUCGAAACAUGUUGCGCAAAACAAACUUUUUACCGUUGCGUUUACGAAUUUGGAAAUAUGAGAUGUAGAUCGGAUGCAGCAUCUUUUCUCAGGAGAAUCGCGGAAACGCUUUUAAACGUACACGUAUAUAGAAUGUCGUGUUUUCCCGAAGAUGACUACGAUGUUCAUUGUUCCUCCUCAACGUGUAAUUCUUCUUAUUUUCCGUCGAGUAUUUUUUUAAUUUUCAUAUCGACGCUCUUAUCAACGAUAACGUUAUCAAACGAAUGA